GAGCUGUUCUGUCAAGAAAUAUCGGCGGUUGCAAAUGACCUAAUGCAAGGUCUAACACUUCUAGAUCUGGGAUCUCAAAUCUUAAGAAUCUAAAAAACCAAGUAGCCAUGGAUAAACAGUUUGGACUAACCUCAGGACUAACCUAGUGACUUACAACUCCCAUUCCUGGUCGAAUUUGAGCCUUCCUUAUCCGUCGACUACCAUUUUGAGUGAACAAAAUGGCUUCAUAUCUUGCAUCAGGGACUCCGGUCGAAAAACGAAUCAAGAAGAAACGAAUAGCCAUUUUAGAACCUCACGAAGAACUCGCUAUGGACAAAACUAGGGAAAAAUCUAUCCGUGAAAGCGUGAUCUACGCUUCAAAUUCCGGUCCGCGUCGGCAUUCCACGCGAAGCGACAACGUCUUCGGCAGUCUACUGGGUUCCGGCUUCCCGUCCCGGCAUUGGACCACCCAGCAGCGACGUACCACGAUGUAUAUGUCGCCACGGUUCCAGAACACCUACCGGCUGGAGUCGUGCUACCCUUUCGAUCGGGAUCGGGUCCAGCUGAUGGUCGAUCGCUAUCUGGGCGGCUUUCUGCAGGAACACCGCUACAAUCCACGGCGUGCCAAGCGGCUGGCGGAGAACCUAAGCGUAGAGCUACGUAAUAUGGUUCAACGGUGCGGAUACGAGCGGUACCGGGUGGUGGCGCUGGUAACGGUUGGUGACCGACAAAGUCAGGACUUCCGGUCGGUGUUACGUUUUGUGUGGGAUGCCGAAAAGGACGGUUAUGUAAAUUUUGUCUACGAGGCGCCAACGUACUUCCUGACGGCCACCGUUUUUGCGGUGUACUACGAGUAAAACGAUUGGAUGGGCUUGUUGUAAACAUUUCGGUAAUAAAACAACUUCUUCAUAUUCGGCUUAUUCACGAUAAUUUA